GCACCCCUGUCGCCCCACCCGAGCCCUGCAGCGCAGCCCCUGGGACACCCUGGUGGACCCCGAGGUGGACCUGCCCUCCCCGCCUGAAGGACGCGCCCCCCUACCUGGUCUGGUCCGACACGUGGCUCUUAGGCCCUGGGAGAGGCCAGGGUCAGGACGAGGGCGGGCUCGGGGAGGUGCCUGCGCCCCAGGACCACCUCCCACUCUGGCAGGAUGAGCUCCGGGGCCGCCCCGAGACUGCGGGCGCUCCAGCGACACCUGGGCUCCUCGCAGGGCGGAGGCAUGGAGCAAAUCAGCAGCCCACUGACCACACAUGUGCUGGACACUGCCUCAGGGCUUCCAGCUCAGGGCCUCUUCCUCCGUCUGUCCAGGCUCGAGGACCAUGGCCAGCAGUGGACAGAGCUGAAGAAAAGCUACACCGACUCAGAUGGCCGCUGCCCAGGGCUCCUGCCUCCAGGCCCGAUGAAGCCAGGCACCUACAAGCUGUCCUUUGACACCGAGGGCUACUGGAAGAAGAGAGGGCAGGAGAGCUUCUACCCAUAUGUGGAGGUUGUUUUUACCAUCGCCGAGACACACAGGUUCCACGUGCCUCUGCUGCUGAGCCCAUGGUCCUACACCACGUAUCGAGGGAGCUAGUGGCUAAGCCAUCGCCUCUGGCUAACUGCUGGCCUGUGAGCAUCAGUUCCAUCCCCAUGGCUCACUGAGGCACCCACGCAGAGGGCACCAGGUCACACUCUCUGUGGGAGACUCUGGUUCCCCCAUCUCCAGUACAGCUGAAUCUCAGGCAUCAAUAAAGUCAGUGCUGGCAUCUGUAAA